AUGAUCACUGCGGCCAACUACCUACCGGAUGAACACGGACUAGCAAAUACAGUUGCUUACGUAGAAACAGUCAUCCAACCGGCACACACACAGGAAUACGUUCACUUCCCCAUUUUUGGGAUUGACGAAGACUGGUUGAGCGACGAGGGUUUAGACGAGAGUUCAGAAGACGAUGAAGGUGAUGGAGGUGGUGGGGAUGAUGAAAACGAUGACGAUGACGGCGAUGAUGGCGACGAUGAUGGCGACGAUGGAGAUUAUGACGAUGAAGAGCUUUUCAUUGAAGAUAUGAGUCUUUGGGGUGGAGGAGCUUGGAUCCCUCUGCCAAAUACUGCACCGACGAAGGUGACUUUAUAUCGCUCGGGAAUUUCUGAACUGAAUUUGUACUGUUCCUGUCCUGCCUCUGCUUCUUCAUCAUCUCAUUCUUCUUCUCCUCCGCCUCCGCCCUGGUCCUCGUCCGCGUCCUCUUCAUCCUCUUCAUCCCCUUGGUACGAUGGAAAGGAGGUGGAGGAUGACGAUGACGAUGACGAUGAAGAGGAUUACGACGAUGAUGACUGCGCUGAUGAUGCAGUUGCUAUCGUUAAUGAUGAAGAAGAAAAUAGAAGUUUCGAUGAUCUCGAGAUGUUUUAUGCAAAACGUGCUGCGAGCGAAAAGGAGAGGAAACACGAACGCGAAAAUCGAGACUGUACCCUCUCAAAAUGGAUAAUGGCUCCUGGAAGACGUACGAUCUUCGCGUCACCCUUCUGA